AUGGACCGAGAGACAAUCUCAUUAAACUCAAAUAGAUAUCCAGAUGAUGAUAUCGAAAUUGCUUUAACAUCUAAAGGUUUAAAAUACAAAGGAAAAAAUGAACCUUACAACAAUUUGAUGCAACUAGACGCAUGUACAAUGGACGUAUCACUAGUAGUGAACAACCAAACACUAAAUGCCCACAAAAAGGUCUUAGCUUCAAAUUGUCACUAUUUUGAUAGAAUGUUUGACAUUCAUUUCAAAGAACGGUUCCAAGAUAAAAUAGUAAUAAAUAUAAGUGAUGUUAGCUUUGAAAUUUUGAAUACACUUGUUCAAUUUUUUUACACAUCAGAAAUAUAUAUAACAGAAAAUAAUGUUCAGGAUCUGUUGACUAUUUCCAAUAUGUUUUUACUAGAUGAAGUAAAAACUGUAUGUGUAAACUACAUAAAAAAGUUAAUUGACGUGGAAAAUUGCAUAAAUAUGAAAGAAUUUGCCGAUACCCUAGGAUUAACUGAUCUCUAUUCUAUGUGCAUGACUUAUAUAAUAAACAAUUUCAGAUUUGUAGCUAGCUCCAAAGAGUUUAUGAAGACUAAUUAUGAUGAAAUAAUGCUAUUAAUCAAGAAUGAUAAUUUAUUUGCUAAAGAAGACAUGGUUUAUGAUGUUGUAAUGAAUUGGAUGAGAUAUGAUCCAGCAACUAGAUCCAAAUAUAUUUCAGAAUUGUUAUGGUAUGUUCGGAUGCCAUUAAUUCUACAUACUUACCAAGGAGUCCUAAAGCUACAUAAUUAUGAAGGCGCUAAAAUUGAUAAACUUUGUUCUUUUCGAAUGGAGCAUCGAAGACCAUUUAGAAAAGGCAUAUUAUUGAUAAGUUAUUAUCAAUUUAAAUCAACUCUAGAGUGGUAUGACGUUGCGUUAAAUAAAUGGCAGAAUUGCAUAUGUAAUAAUUGUCGAUCUAUAACCUUUCAAUAUUGUUUAUUACCACCUACAACUUUGAGUACAGUUAUUUUACUCGAUGAUGGUUGCUUAUUUGCUGCUGGAGGUGCAAAUAUAGAUGGCAAUGGAAUGAAAUCAACAUAUCUAUUCGAUGUGAAAACAAACGAAUGGAGAUCCCUUAUGGACAUGCAUUUUGAACGUCUAAAACCAUUUAUAGUGCAACUUGGAUCUUAUGUUUAUGCGAUUGGUGGUAUCACUAGCGAAGGACUAGAUGAAGAAUAUGAAGACUAUGAUGAAGAUGCCAGUGCUAUAGAAUGUUUUGAUUUACAGAGAAAUGAAUGGCGUGUCAUAAAUUGUGAAGUCCACCUAAUUGGGUCAUUUAAAAAUAAUAAUUAUGUUGCCUGCGUUCAAGGAUUAAUUUACAUAAUUGGAAUGUAUGAAGCUGGAUAUUAUGACCCUCGUAAUGACACGUGGAAAUAUAUUGAUAUAAUACCUGAGUUUAAUACAGGUUCUGCGGUUUGCACAUUAAAUGGAAAUAUUUAUAUAAUUGGUGGUGAAUGUUUGGGAGAUUAUUCCAAAAGAGUAUGGGCAUAUUGUACGACAACUGAAGAAUGGGUAUCCUUAUCCGAACUAAAUUAUGCCCGAUCGUUUUCUGGUGCUGUAGCAAUAAACGGUCAGAUUUAUGUAUUUGCAGGAAAAACGAUGAAUAUGUAUUAUUCAAAUACAUUUGAAAUAUACAAUCCUCACGACAACAAAUGGGUAAAUUCAAAUGCUCAUAUGAAAAAGAAUUACUAUCAUAUUGAUGCUAUUGUGAUAGAAAAGAAUUCUGAAUUGUUUAAAAAAAUGUUUGAAUAUGCGACUAAUUCUAUUAUUCAUUAA